GGUGAAGACAGGUAGGGGUCGGAGAAGGCCAAUGUAAAAUUUUUAAGAUCUGCCCGCCACUCGCAGCCGUGCAGCAGUAAUGUUGAUUUAUGGACAUAGCGUGUAUUCCCUAUCAUCAAGCAGCCGCCGUAGACUCGGAGCUGCGGCGGCCUCCUCAAUUUCAAGCCUCAAUUUCAAAGUCCCCUGGCGAAAAGACCAAAAGCUAGACGAAGCAAUCGAAAAGGAUAAGAAAUGGAGGCUGGGCGCAAGGGUGGUGAGAGAGGUGAUGAACGAACCCAGUCAGGCAAUUCCUCUCCGAUACUUGCAGAAACGGAGGGAGAGGCUCUCUCUCCGUGUUAACCACACAACUUUCCUUUCACAAACCCCAGGGUUGUUCGACAUGUAUAAGGAUCGGAUCCGACCUAAGUCCGAACCCGUCCCAUUCCUACGGGCAAGUACGGGUCUGAGGCGAUUCCUGGAAGAAGAGAAGAGGAUUUACAUCCAAAACGAGAGCUUUUUAGUUUGUAAGCUAUGUAAGUUGCUGAUGAUGGCUAGGAAUCGAGUGAUUAGCGCAGGUAAAUUGUUGGAGGCCAAGAGGGAAUUCGGGUUCCCAAAUGAUUUCUUAGUGAAUCUGGUUCCCAGAUUCCCGGAAUAUUUCAGGUUGUUAGCUGGUAGUGAGGGGAAAGCGUUCUUGGAAUUGGUGACUUGGAAUUGAGGAUUUUGCAAAAUCAGUGAUCGAACAGAGAGCUGAGGAAAAAUCAAGGUUAACUGGGAUAAGGGUGAUGCCAGCAUUUGAUUGGAUCCUUCCACCGGGCUUCUUCUUAAAAAGGGAAAUGAGGGAAUGGGUGAGGGAUUGGAUGGAACAGUGUUCGAGAGAUAUGGAGAAGAGAACAGUGGGUGUGUUCCACGAACUGCUUUCCCUAUCUAUUCACAAGAGGGUUUCAAUUCCAGUUCUAGGGAAGUUUGGGGAGGAGUACAGGUUUUCAAACGCAUUCCCCAACGUGUUCGCGAGGCAUCCAGGGCUGUUUUACGUGUCAUUGAAGGGAGGGAUCAAGACGGCUAUGCUCAGGGAAGCUUACAAGGGUGAUCAGCUCGUUGACCGGGACCCAAUGCUUGAGAUCAAGGAUAAGUUUAUUGAGCUACUGCUUUCUUGAUGACUCAAGUGUGUCUUUGUUUUGUUUUUUCAAGGGAUAGAGGUUGUGUCGUGCAUUCACUGCAUAGCAGGGAUCGAUACUGAGCUGCAUUGCUAGCAACAACGCCUUUCUCUUCCUUGUUUGGUAGCCCAAUGACUGACACUAGCUCUCUCACUUAGAAGAAGAAAUCAAAGAAGGGCCUCUGUUCGUUGUUGAUUUCGUUCUCACUUUGCAGGAUACUCUGAAGAUAUCCUUCUGCCAUCUCAUGAUUUACGUGAUAGGAUACUCUGAGUUUUACCUCUGGGAAUAAAAGAAAACUUGUUGCUAAAAAUAGGUCAAUGGGAUGAUCAGGCUCUCCUUCGACAGAUACGUGACCGUCUUCAAUGGUGAUUACAUGAGCUUUACCAAGUAUCUUGGCCGAAUCAUCUCACUGCCCGAGUUUUAAGGACAGUUUCCAGUGAAGGAGUAACCAAGUCCCCUGAUUUAUUUGGGCCUGAUUCAAUGGCAGAAAUUUCCUCCUCAAUAAU